AUGAACGGUAAGGGCUGUCACCUCCUGGUCUCCCCCUCUGGUGGAACCCCAUCGCUGGGCAUGAUCACAGGACAGCAGGCCCCCUCCAUCAGGAUGCCUAUGCACACCACCCUGUCCCCGGGAUACCGUGCCACCCUGAGCCCCUCUCCGGUGGGUAGCAGCUGGGGCAGAGGAGGGGGUGUCCACCACUCCCAGGUACCCCUCAGCUCCGGGACAAACUCUGGGAGUUCUGUCCUGCUUCCUGCCCCGAGCCUCCGCAGGCAGAUGUUGACCAAUGGGAAACAGCCAAAUGUGUCAAGUGUCUCACAGAUGUCAUGGCAACAAGUGCCCACCCUUCAACUCCCACCCAUCAGCAUUGCAGCCACCAAUCAGGGCAUGGCGUCUGACUGCUCUGACAGUGGUGUCAAAGGUAAGUUCUAGUAGGCUUUGCCGAUAGACAGUAUUACAUACAGACUAAUACAUUUACACAUCAGUGUAUAUGUGAGUGAUGUCUUGACCUUUUGUGUAGGAUAAGGUCAUUUCCAUGUAAAAGGACCCAUGAGCACCAACAUGUGAAGUUCAUAGGAGCAUGUCAAAUUGGGUGUCAAAUGAAGGCUAAGAGUAUAUUACAUGUUUUAUUAAGACAUAUAUAUAUAUAUUAUUUUCAACCAUUUCCAUCCUAGAAAUUAGGAAUAAGCAAAGGCUUUGAUUUAUUUUCAAACAGAUUGAAAUUAGGUCUUAGAAAACAUCUACCAGAAACCGCUUUAAAAGCUAUUAGAAAUACAUCAAAACACAAUAAUGUUGAAGACCCCUGCCAACUAAUAUCAACACUUAUAUUUAGUUUAGGAUAAUUUGUUCUGCCUUCUGUAAGUUUAACAAACAUUGCCUUGUGCCUUGAAAUUCCAUUACCAAAAACCCACAUAUCUUUUAAGAUAUUUUCAGUUCACAGAAGUGACAAGUAAAGACCUAUCAGUUAGUUAUAGUGUUUUUACUGAUAUCAAUUUUGUUUAUAAAUUAUUAAGUGAUUAAAACAAAUCAUAACAGAAUUUCUGCAAUUGAAUUGGCUACAAUGGGAAAUCAAAGUAGUCACAAAACACAGUUGGGUCACCUGCUACUGUCCUCCCUUCCACUGGCAUUCUGUUAUGUUCAACUGGUAACAGUUUUCUUUCUCUUUCUGUCAUCUGGUGGUCAAAGCAAGAGUGUGAAAAGUCUGGGCAAGCCCUGCCUCACUCUCUCCCUCUCUCUCUUCUCUCUCUCUCCAAUUAAUGUCCCCUCUCCCGGCUCUUACUGACACCUACCCAUGAGCCCCCUCCCUUUCCAUUUACUGUAACCAGGUUCCUCACCCACUAAGCACUGACCGACACCGGACGUCCAUGGACGUUGACAAGUAGUUUACAUUUGGUCAGUCUGCCCUGGCCUUGAUUUCAACAUCCACAUACAUUUUUGGGGGGCCUGGUGCAGACCAGACUUGAUUUCAAGUCUUUCUGUACCGGCCUUUUUUUGGCCCAAACAUAGACAUAGACGUCCAUGAUUCACAAGUUUGGACAGCACAGUACAUUACAGGACAGUACAGUAGAGCACAGUAGAGUACACAACAAUAAAGAAAAGUAGAGUAUAGUUCAGUAUAUUACAGUACAGUACAGUAGAGCACAGUAGAGUACACUACAGUAAAGAAAAGGAGAGUAUAGUUCAGUACAGUACAGUAAAGAAAAGUAGAGUUCAGUACAGUACACAGUAGAGCACACUAGAGUUGAGUACACUAUAAUGUACUGUACUGAACCAUACUCUACUGUACUGUACUGUACUGAACUGUAUUGUACUGUACUGAAGAAUACUCUACUUGACUAUACUGUACUGUACUCUACUGAACUCUACUGUGCUGUACUUUGAUGUCCAAACUUGUGAAACAUAGACGUCUGUGAUUGGUUAAGAUUUGGUCCGGUCCGGACCAACCAAAUGUUGUCUUGUUUGGUGGCGGAGCUCAUUAAAAUAAUAGCCAGUGUGUAGAGUAAUACCCAAAUAUGCAAAGGAGGAUAUUGCAUAUUUAUACCUUUGUGUAUCUAUUCAGGAUACAUCACCAUGAAGAGAAUGACAUUCAUAUUUAUAAUUAUGCAUUUCUGUCUAGUACAGAUCAGGGACCCAUGAUGAAAUUUCAUUACCUCAAUUCUGUUACCAGGUGUAAAUCCACUUCACUUACUGUAGUUCAACAACCAAAAGAGAUAAAAUAAAGAUAAAAUAUUUUUUUUAAAUGAAAUAGUGACACGAGGAAUAAAUACAUAAUGAAUAACGAAUAACAAUAAUGAGUAAAAAAUAACAUGGCUAUAUACAGGGAGUGGCUAUAAGCAUCUGCACAGUUCUUCCAGUAAAUGGGUUUUUGUAAAAUGUUCAGUGUAAAUUGUUAAAAGUAGUCCUUGUGCAUAGAGUUGUACAGUUUGUUAAACUUUGAAAUCAAUUACGGUCUAAGGCACUGCAUCGCAGUGCUUGAGGUGUCACUACAGACCCGGGUUCGAUCCCAGGCUGUGUCACAGCCGGCCGUGACCGGAAGACCUUGAGGCGGCGCACAAUUGGCCCAGCGUCGUGCGGGUUAGGGUAGGGUUUGGCUGGCCGCGAUUUCCUUGUCGGUCGCCAGCUGGACAGUGUUUCCUCCGACACAUUGGUGCGGCUGGCUUCCGGGUAGAGCGAGCAGUGUGUCAAGAAGCAGUGCGGCUUGGCAGGGUCGUGUUUCGGAGGACACAUGGCUCUCGACCUUCUCCUCUCCCGAGUCCGUACGGGAGUUGCAGCGAUGGGACAAGACUGUAACUACCAAUUGGAUAUCACGAAAAAGGGGUCAAAGUAAAGUAAAGUAGAAUCUGAAUCUCAGAGCAAUUCCGUUACCGUGGAAUUGCCCAUAACUGUAAUUGACUUGAUCAGUCUUGACUUUGUCCCCUCAUUAUGACAGUGUGACCCUCGAGACCUUAGGUUAGUGGUCCUCUCUAGGUGCACUUGCAAGUGAGGAUGUCACUCCAAAUAAGACCCAUGGGGCGGCGCACAAUUGGCCCAGCGUCGUCCAGGGUAGGGGAGGGAAUGGCCGGCAGGGAUGUAGCUCAGUUGGUAGAGCAUGGCAUUUGCAACGCCAGGGUUGUGGGUUCGAUUCCCAAAAUAAAAAGAUAAUGUAAGUCGCUCUGGAUAAGAGCGUCUGCUAAAUGACUAAAAAUUUAAAAAAUGUAAGUUGAAAGCACCAUAUUAAAGGAAUCAGUUAUUUAAUAGCUAGCUAAAUGUUCCCUACCAUAAACUAUUUAUUUAAAACCUGAUACUUAUGCCCUCCAAGGACCUGUAUGGAGGACCUCUUCCUCCCUUUCAAUUGAAAGAUCACAGUGUGCACGUCCCAGAACAGAAGACAGACUUACAGUGAUAUGUUGUAAACAGUUUUUCAAUCAGCCCCUCUCUUCUCGCCACUCUUCAAAGUAGCACUGAUUUACAUAGACGUCUUCAUACUUCACUUCACUUCAAUGUUGUCCUCCCACCCGAACCACCGCUCUUCCCCAGAACUCCUUUCUCCCUGGCCUGUUUAUUGAUAAUUAACCAAGCAGAAAACAUGUCCCUAAAUGAGCGAUGGAGGAAAAAUAGGAAGAAAAAAAUCUCAUUAGUAAUUAACAGAGCAGAAAGUGUCUCUGGGCAGUUCAGGUUUGUUAGGUUGAAUUCCAGUAUUCAUACGUUUCUAUUGAACAAGACAAAAAACGUCAGGUUUGUGUUUGAUUUCUGUUGAAGAUAUCUUUCUAAUGGGUCCCUGGUGUGCAAACACAGUUUGCUGUGUUAAUAUGGUGAAGUGAACUGUGAUGGAGAUGAACAGACCCUGAACCUUGGAUUCAUUGCAUCGCUAUCAAAGUCAGAUACUGCCAGUACAAAUUAAAGAAAUGUGUGUCAAGCAUGAUGACAAUGGUUGGAUGCAAAUGAAAAUGCCUCAACCACUCUCACUACAAUUAAUACACAGUGAGAGUUCUCCACAAUCGUCUCUCUAUUAUCUUUGUCUAGAAUUUACGUUGAAUAGCUUGAUUCCAUAAUUAAGAAAGUUAUUAUAAUUUUUUAUGUUUUCUUAAAUCUUGUUUCAAGCUGUGUCGAACGAUUCUGAUUGAAUUUAGUCUAGCACAAGCAGCAACACUGGAAGGCUGAGGCUGGAGUGCUCAGAUGUAAAGGCUUCUUAUUUAUUAUGAUUUUUAUAAUAUUCCUAGUUGAACAUAAACUUGAAACAGUGUUGAUUAAUUUAGAGCCCGCAUGAGACCUAAGAAAUUCCACUCUACAUUUUAGACCCUUAAUCAUUAAUACAGUAUGUGGUUCCUCACUAUUUAGAUAUUAUUAUGCAUGGAGAAAUGUCAAGAUUUUUUUUAUUUGUAAAGUAUAUGGUCUAAUUCAAGCAAACCAUGUCAAGUGAUUGUAUUUCCUACUGUACAGUGAGGGGAAAAAAUAUUUGAUCCCCUGCUGAUUUUGUACGUUUGCCCACUGACAAAGAAAUGAUCAGUCUAUAAUUUUAAUGGUAGGUUUAUUUGAACAGUGAGAGACAGAAUAACAACAACAAAAUCCAGAAAAACGCAUGUAAAAAAUGUUAUAAAUUGAUUUGCAUUUUAAUGAGGGAAAUAAGUAUUUGACCCCCUCUCAUUCAGAAAGAUUUCUGGCUCCCAGGUGUCUUUUAUACAGGUAACGAGCUGAGAUUAGGAGCACACUCUUAAAGGGAGUGCUCCUAAUCUCAGCUUGUUACCUGUAUACAAGACACCUGUCCACAGAAGCAAUCAAUCAAUCAGAUUCCAAACUCUCCACCAUGGCCAAGACCAAAGAGCUCUCCAAGGAUGUCAGGGACAAGAUUAUAGACCUACACAAGGCUGGAAUGGGCUACAAGACCAUCGCCAAGCAGCUUGGUGAGAAGGUGACAACAGUUGGUGCGAUUAUUCGCAAAUGGAAGAAACACAAAAGAACUGUCAAUCUCCCUCGCCCUGGGGCUCCAUGCAAGAUCUCACCUCGUGGAGUUGCAAUGAUCAUGAGAACGGUGAGGAAUCAGCCCAGAACUACACGGGAGGAUCUUGUCAAUGAUCUCAAGGCAGCUGGGACCAUAGUCACCAAGAAAACAAUUGGUAACACACUACGCCGUGAAGGACUGAAAUCCUGCAGCGCCCGCAAGUUCCCUCUGCUCAAGAAAGCACAUAUACAGGGCCGUCUGAAGUUUGCCAAUGAACAUCUGAAUGAUUCCGAGGAGAACUGGGUGAAAGUGUUGUGGUCAGAUGAGACCAGAAUGGAGCUCUUUGGCAUCAACUCAACUCGCCGUGUUUGGAGGAGGAGGAAUGCUGCCUAUGACCCCAAGAACACCAUCCCCACCGUCAAACAUGGAGGUGGAAACAUUAUGCUUUGGGGGUGUUUUUCUGCUAAGGGGACAGGACAACUUCACCGCAUCAAAGGGACGAUGGACGGGGCCAUGUACCGUCAAAUCUUGGGUGAGAACCUCCUUCCCUCAGCCAGGGCAUUGAAAAUGGGUUGUGGAUAGGUAUUCCAGCAUGACAAUGACCCAAAACACAUGGCCAAGGCAACAAAGGAGUGGCUCAAGAAGAAGCACAUUAAGGUCUUGGAGUGGCCUAGCCAGUCUCCAGACCUUAAUCCCAUAGAAAAUCUGUGGAGGGAGCUGAAGGUUCGAGUUGCCAAACGUCAGCCUUGAAACCUUAAUGACUUGGAGAAGAUCUGCAAAGAGGAGUGGGACAAAAUCCCUCCUGAGAUGUAUGCAAACCUGGUGGCCAACUACAAGAAACGUCUGGCCUCUGUGAUUGCCAACAAGGGUUUUGCCACCAAGUACUAAGUCAUGUUUUGUAGAGGGGUCAAAUACUUAUUUCCCUCAUUAAAAUACAAAUCAAUUUAUAACAUUUUUGACAUGUGUUUUUCUGGAUUUUUGUGUUGUUAUUCUGUCUCUCACUGUUCAAAUAAACCUACCAUUAAAAUUAUAGACUGAUCAUGUCUUUGUCAGUGGGCAAACAUACAAAAUCAGCAGGGGAUCAAAUACUUUUUUCCCUCACUGUAUGUCCCUGUAUACUUUGACAUUGGUGGAGAACCCUCAACCCUCUAAUGGUGAACUUGUCUCUACCAGGUUACUCUGUCUCAGGACCAAGUAUGCAGGUGUUGGGCCAGCCGGCUGGUGCCAACCUCUGGGUCACCAGUAGUCCCAUGGUGGUCCAGAGCCUGGGCCCAGUGUCUCCUGUGAGCACCCAGGCCUACACCUCAGGUCCUCUGGUACCACACACCCCCCAAGACCCCCAACCCCCACAAGGCCUGGUGGUACCCUACACAGAUGCCAGGUGAGUCAACAUCUGCACCAUUCUAGGUGAGGGAGUAUACCUGCAAACUCUUUUCAUUACACUGAUUUCUGUGAUACUUUAAACAAAAUUCACGUACGUUAUUAAACAGCUGUGAUACUAAACUCUACCCGACUUUCCUGGUACUGCUAUCCUUACUCACAUACUACAGUGUUGUGCCUCAGGUCCUUGCUCUCCAGAGAGUCGCUGGCCUCCACCACCCUGAGCCUAGCAGAGACCCAGUCAGUUCUGAGUGGCAGACAGGAGUGGCCCUAUGGCUACCGGGUCCUUCCUCCACUCUGCCCACAGCAGGGCUCCACCCUAGGCAGCGAGGGCGGUGAGCUGCUCAGCAUGCCCCCUGGCACUGCCAUGUCAGGGAGCACCAGCAUCUCCAACUCUGCGUCCCUGCCUUCCUACCUGUUUGGGGGGGAUGUCAACAGCCCCCGGCAGUACUCAGCCCAUUCCAAGAAGAGGGCCCUCUCCAUGUCCCCUCUGUCAGACGGCUAUGGCAUCGACUUCAACUCCAUCAUCCGCACCUCGCCCACCUCGCUGGUGGCUUACAUCAAUGGUUCCCGGAGCUCUCCGGCUUCCCACCACACCCUUUCACCCCUCCAGCCUGAGGUCUAUGGCCACUUCCUGGGGGUGAGAGGGAGCUGUAUCCCCUAUCCUCAGACUCCAGGCCUCUUCAGCCUCCCAGGCUCCACACUGGCCCUGACCCAACUGAGUGACCCCCACCCUUGGACGGAGUGUGGUCGCAUGCAGAGGCUGGAGCAGGGCGGAGCGCUGGAGAGCCAGAUGGCUAACAUGGUGGUGGAGCAGCAGUGUCUCCCAGAGGAGGGAGGGACACUACAGAAGGCAGCCAGGAACGCUAAUGACCUGGUGCCAUCUCUACACUUUCAGCUAGAGUUGGCCACCAUCAUCAGAUCAGCUAGUCCACCGCAGGGCCCACCGCCUCCCUACCACUCUCACCAGCACCACCACCUCCACAGACCUCUCAGCCACAUCCAGGGCCAGGCCCAGUUCCCUGUCCCGCAGGCUCCCCCAGCUCCCCCUGGGCAUGGGGUCAGCCUCCUGCCUCAUCCUCUUUCCCCGUUCCCCAUGCUGGAGGAAGAGGAGGAGGAGACAGAGGAAUACAGUAGGGGCCACUGCUGCCGCUGGUUGGACUGCAGUGCUGUGUAUGACCAAAAGGAGGAGCUGGUAAGGCACAUAGAGAAGCUCCAUGUGGACCAACGGAAGGGCGAGGACUUCACCUGCUUCUGGGCAGGAUGUCCACGCAGGUUCAAGCCUUUCAACGCCCGCUACAAACUCCUCAUCCACAUGAGAGUCCACUCUGGAGAGAAGCCCAACAAGUGCACGGUACAUAGCAAAUCAAUCUCUGGUGAAUGCCUCAAAACUGUCUAUACCAUGCAAGUGUGAAUCUGUUUAGUCACCCACUUGAGAAUCCAUUGGCUUUACCUGAACAAAAUUCUACCUCAGGUAUUCCAUCUUAUGCACAAUGGUUAACAUCCUUUUCCCAUAAGUGUGCUACAGGGGGAAGUGAGUGCACCAGUUCCCUUCCAGGCUGUCUCCCCUGUCUACUGUGAGUCAACCAGCCAAUCAUCUAGACCUGAGCUAUAGAUGUCAUUUCAGCCUCUUAAUAGCCUUGCUGAGACAGUUUAGAGGGAAAUAGACAUCUUGAAGUACACAUGUUGUACCUCUUUAAGGCCUUUGUGUGCUCUGAUGUACGGCCGAAGGCUGAAGGUUGGGGUCAGAAAUAUGGCCUCUCUCUCCUCUUAACUGUGGCCACGGGCUAAUUAGUCCAGCUCUGUGAUAGUUGACAUGGGAGUUAACUUAAUUAUGUAGUUAUUAAAUCAGCACAAAGGCAGCGCAGCGCUUAAGUUCUGGCAGGGCACCAGUCAGACAGCCUCCUGCUCUCUGCUCUCUGCCACAGUCUCCUCUCUCUCUCCUAGAUCUCUCUCUCUCUGAGCUACUCUACCAGGUAGUCACAGGGCCUGUCAGCAGCCAAGAACCUGCCAGGCAGGGACAGACUUGGCUGGGUUUCUGGGAAGGUGAUGCCCCCUGGCCCGGUUCUGAUUGGGUCUGGUUCUGUGACCAAGGAGAGAGAGACUUGAAUGGAGUUCAUCUGAAAGCCAUGGACCUGGUUCUGAUUAAUUUAGUCCUCUUCACUAGUCGCUUUUGAUUUCACUGCAUGACAACAUGCCAUGUUCAAAGCCAAAGUCAGUUGACAGAUGAGUUGUUCUGCACUGUAUGUCCUUCCUGUCCUGUAUUUUUUUUUUUUUUUUUUUUUUUUUUUUUUUUACAAAUUACUAAAACUUAAACGAAACUGUAGAAAUUAUAUUGGACCUACAUUUGAACAGAGUCUUCACUCUUUCCAGGUUGCUAUGAAUCACCUAAAUGAAAGCUGAAUAGUUAAGGAGAAUCAAACAUUUAAAAAACAAUGGAUACAGGACUUUUUUUUGCUAAUUUUGACGGCAAGGAAAUAUAACAAAUUUUCAGUGUAGCCCUCCGGACCUCGGUAAAUACCGAAUGCGGCCGGCGGGCAAAAUGAGUUUGACAUCCCUGGUCUAGACAAUUGUAGAGAUACCCCCCGCCCUCAACCCCACUGGUAACAUACUUGAAGUUCAGAUGAGUAAGAGGCCAACAAUUCUCAUUCUCUGUCUCGUUUCGCUGCUUCUUGGUUAGACAAUUAUUAACUGGAUGCAUACCUGCGGUCGACCUUUCGCUCCAAAACACUCACUUAUUAGUUCUAACCAGUCCCGUUGCUAUGGAGGCUGCAGCUGCAUUCAGAUGGGUCUGUGUACCAUGAAAUCAUGUGUUAAAGGGGAAAAUAUCCAGGGUCAUGCCCAAAAACAGAACAGACAUUGGGUGUGUCGGAAAUGGCACCAUAUUCCCUAUAUAGUGAAUAGAAUGCCAAUUUGGACAUACCCAUUAUAUAACAUCCCAUCAUCCCAGGCUUGACUUCAGCAUACGCUGAUAAGUCCUACUGAAAAGAAAUAGAACGAGGUCAGUCUAAUUGACAGAAACUGUCAGAAAACCCAGACUUACUGAACAAAAACAGUCUGAGCAAUCAAAGUCAGAGCCGAAGAGCUAGACAGGCAACAGAGACUCUCACAGAGCGAGAGAACCAGUUCUACUUCACUAAAACUGUCUUAGAUGCCAUGCCAGCCAAUUGUCCAAGAAUUACACUCGGGCCUAUUGUGUGCCCAGCCGGGAGCAUCACAAUGGAGCAGAUCUGAUUACACACCAGGCAAGCCAUGACUUGUUCCUGUCAGCUCUCAGUGUGUGAUGGUGAUUGAGCACUUUCUUAACACAUAGUUGAUUCCUCUGUGUAUUUAGUGUAUGCCUUAUCACUGUGAUUUCAACACUUCCAACAGUUUUCAAACUGGGCUCCCGAGUGGCGCAGCGGUCUAAGGCACUGCAUCUCAGUGCUAGAGGCAUCACUACAGACCCUGGUUCGAUUCCAGGCUGUAUCACAAUUUGGCUGUGAUUGGGCGGCGCACAAUUGGCCCGGGGUAGGCCGUCAUUGUAAAUAAUACUUAUUUCUUAACUGACUUGCCUAGUUAAAUAAAGGUUAAAAAAUAUAUAUAAUAAUUUGGAAAUAACUAAGAGCAACGCCUAUGUAAACACAUUAGCUAAUCAUGCUUUUUGCUCUGUGUUCAUUUGAUGAUUUACUGUUGAAAAGAUGAACAAUUAUCACCAUAAUUAAUAAUGGUACAUUUUCAGGCUUAUCAGAACAGCUUUAGAUGUUGUGCAAUAGAUUCAUACAGUUUCUUGGAAAUUUGAACUAUAUCUCCUACAGUAACUAUAUUAUUUUCUAAUGAAAAGUCCCUGUGUUGUUGAGUAGUAUGCUCACUUGAGGAAUCACAGUGUGCAUUUGACCAUAUCUCUAUUGUUGUAAGAAGACUGUAGCUGUUAAGGUGUAAUUCAACCCCAGUAGUUCGUGUUAAUCCACUUAGUUUCCCUCACAAUGGACAGCUUGAAAUUCUAGUCCUGCCCACAACGCCACAGAAUGCAGGCCUGAUGGGAUUUAUGGUUUGCCAAGAUUUUUAGCGCCAUUUCUACAACCGUAAGGAGGGAAAUAACUUGAUUUUGCCACCAGAAACCAGUUCAGACUUCAAAGUAUUUUAACGCACCAGCUUAUUCUCAUGUUUCUAUAACCGUUUUUAGCGCUUGUUUUAAAGACCUCAAAAUCUCAUGAACUAACUUUUUGCAUUUAAAGAAGAUGAUGAUAGACGAGAGGAGAAGAGGGAGAGAAGAAGUUGACUGGGCAUGAGGAGAGGAUAUGUGAGAGUGAGGAGGGGUGAAAUUUGGAGUUUCUUUUAUUUUUAUUUUUAUUAAAAAAUUUGUGGGUAUUUUACCCCCUUUUUCUCCCCAAUUUCGUGGUAUCCAAUUGGUAGUAGUUACAGUUCCUGUCCCAUCGCUGCAACCCCCGUACGGACACGGGAGAGGCGAAGGACGAGAGUUGUGCGUCCUCCGAAACAGAACCUAACCGAGCCGCACUGCUUCUUGACACAGUGCCCGCUUAACCUGGAAGACAGCCGCACCAAUGUGUCGGAGGAAACACCGUACACCUGGCGACCGAGUCAGCGUGCACUGCGCCCGGCCCGCCACAGGGGUCGCUCUAGCGCGAUGGGACAAGGACAUCCCUGCCGGCCAAUCCCUCCCCUACCCUGGACGACGCUGGGCCAAUUGUGCGCCGCCCCAUGGGUCUCCCGGUCGCGGCCGGCUACGACAGAGCCUGGACUCAAAUCAGGAUCUCUAGAGAUUUGAGAGUUUGAAGGGGAUCAGAAAGGGAGCUGUAGAUAAGAGGAAGGAAAGUGUUAUGCAAAGAUGUGAGAUGGAACAGCGGGAACAUGGAAGGGUGGAGAAGAGAGUGGAAGAGAGAGUGGAGAUGUGAGCGAGUGGAGAUGUGAGAGAGUGGAGAUGUGAGAGAAGAGAGAGGCUGAGGCACUACAGAGGGCACUAGACUGACUCUGCUGGCAAGCUGUGGGCGGGUCAUUGUUCCCCAGGGCAUGCAUGGCUGCCAGGACCUGUCAGGAGGCUUGCUGUGGCAUUCAGCUCCACUGAGGAGCCAUGUUGCUGUCUAUUCAGACCCUCUGUCCCUCACGGCAGCUAAAAGGGGACUUUAAGCUUUAUUAGCAAGAGAGUGUGUGUGUGCUUGCGUGCAUGGUGGGCCACUCCUGGGCACCGCUGGGCUCCUGGCAGUGUGUUUGUGUGUGAUGCUGGUUCUCACUUCUCUUCCCAUCCCCAGGCUGAAUGACUAUUUAUCCUGCUCAUUCUCUCUGGCCUGUGUUUUUCUUCUGCUAGCCCGUCUGAAUGGUCCGAUGCUGAUCCUUUUCUCUACACUGUGGUUUGGAGUGUCUGGUCGUGGUGUUCUUUCCUGGUAUGCCACCGUAUUAGAGAGCAUUUGGACAGAAUAUCCUGCUGUGUGUGAAGAAGACUUGUGAAAGACUAGAAAAUGUUGGAAAGGUGGUGGCUUUCUCCACUUUCAGUAAUACUUCUGUUAGGUCAUUACUCAUGUCCCCAGACAAGCAGGACAUAGAGUGCAGCGGUAAAGACCCACAAGGAGAGAGAUCGUCAUCAUUGCAUGGGAGACCUCAUCUGUAAGCACUAAAAUACUGUUCAUUGUACCCCAAAUUCACACAUUCGCUAUGAUACAGUCAUGCAGAAUACAUUUUCUAUCCCCAAUAGGCUGGUGAGCACUAAUAGAGCACUAAUAGAAUUCUCAGGAAUAUCUGCCUUCCUAUCCCCCUCUUGAAUGACUUAAGGCUUAUAAAGUCUGACUCCAUUCCUUUUGACAAUAUGAACAUAUGGUUCCCAUCAGAAGGACUCAUAAUGGCCUUACUGGAAUUGAGGGUCAAGGUUAGGCAUAAUGGGUUUUGGCAUAAUGACAGUACUCUGCUGGUGGUUUUGCUCUGCAGGGUGUAUGUUCGUGCCUGCUGUUUGCAAGCUUCGAGUGUACUGUCUCUUGAGUAGGUAGCACUUUGCCAAUACAGUAUGUUAGAUAGUUGAAUUUCAUCACGAUAUUGUCUUGCAAGAAGAUAGCAGCAAUGUUGAUUCAGAUAGAGUUCAGAAGAGAAAUACAGUCUGAAGUUAGCAUUACGUUAUUACGUGAAUCAAAGGAGUGAAUCAAAGGAAUAUGUCCCCUAGCAAUGCAGAUGAAUGUGAUGAGUCAAAUAUUAAAGGAACUGAUUAAUUUGUAGUUGGUCAGCUCAGACUGAGGGAGAGGUAUAGCUAUGCAAGGAAUCCAGUCCUGGAGGGACAAUAAUAAAAUGGGUCAUGGUUCCAUGACUUUACUCUGUGAAGUUGAAGUAAGGACAUUCCAAGCCCCUUGACUGGAGAGAGAGAGAGAGAGAGAGCAAAGUACUAGGCUUGACUUACAGUAGGAAACUGAUGAUUCACAUGUCUUGAGGGUGAGGUCAUUGCAGUGAGGUGGUAGUACUCAGGGGUGGACUGGGACCAGAAAUCGGCUCAGGCAUUUCUAACACACCAGCCAGCCCAUUUUUUUCCUUGAGGCCCCCACACACACCGGCCCAUUUUAUUUCUUGAGGCCCCCAUUAUUAGCCAGAUAAUGAUCAUUUGGCAAAAACAAGUUUGACAGGCCCAAUAGGCUAAAAGUGGAAGGCCAUCUGGCAUUUGCCAAAAAUGCCAGAUGGCCAGUCGGCCCCUGGUAGCACUGCACAAAGGAGAGCUGUUCAGUUCUGCUGACUUGGAUCAGCUUCCAUCCACUACUCCUGACUCCCAUAGCUUGUGACAGUUAGUGCACCUGGGCAGGGAGCAAGCCCUUUUGACAAGGAACAAACCCCUCUCUACCUUAACCUCUCUACCAGUUGGUGGUAGCAUGUUUCUACAAUGAGUUAAUCUGUCAACACAUUUAGCUCCUACAAGACCCUUGAGACAAGACAGAUUCUACAGACUGAAGUCUGUCAGUGUACACACAGAUACUGACCCCUGCUGGUUACAUUGACCACCACACCUCUUAUAGUGUUUGCCAGUGGUAUUUUACAUAUUGAGAGCUUCUAUCUGCAUUAAAAUUGGGUUAUUGACAUACCCUUGUUCUGUACAAUGUUAUCUACCUAUAUAGUACUCAUGUUGCUAAGUCCAAAAGAAAACAAGAUAAACAUUGAUGACACCAUUCAAACCAAUGAGGUUUCGGAACUUUAAAGCCAAUUAUCUCCGAAUCCUCUUUUUGCAGAUAUAACUUUAUAGUCCCAAGCUCUCGAUAUGCUGAAUGUUUGGAUAUUGUUUUAUAGUGGCGCAGCGAGUGGUGCAGUGGUGUCACUACAGACCCCCUGGUUCAAUUCCAGGCUGUAUCACAACCGGCUGUGAUUGGGAGUCCCAUAGGGCGGCGCACAAUUGGCCCAGCGUCGUCCGGGUUUGGCCGGUGUAGGCUGUCAUUGUAAAUAAGAAUUUGUUCUUAACUGACUUGCCUAGUUAAAUAAAAAAAAAUAGGUUCAUGAUAGGAAUAUUAAGUGUACACUUAACUGGUUUCAGUUUGAAGGCUGUCAGAAGGCUUUCUCUCGGCUGGAGAACCUGAAGAUCCACCUGCGCAGCCACACUGGAGAGAAGCCUUAUCUAUGCCAGCACCCAGGCUGCCACAAAGCCUUCAGCAACUCCAGCGACCGAGCCAAGCAUCAGCGCACACACCUGGACACAGUGAGUUGAGUGGCAUGUCUCAGACAGACACACAGAAAACACAUGCACACAUUGAGACACUGAUCUCUUACUCUGUUUUCUUCCUUAUUCUCUCUCUCGUGUCGCUCUCUUUUUGUCCUCUCUCGAGCUGGACAUGGCAGCUAGCUAGCAUUUCCACCUUCAAAAAAGCUGUACACAAAUACUUCAGUGUAGACUGUGCUUUUAUCUAGACAGCUUUUAUGUGAUGUGUAUGCUUUUAUUGAUUAUAUGGAACCCAGAAGUGAGUGGACUAUCGUGGCUAAAUAAAUCAAAUUAAAUGACACACACACCGAAAGUCGAAACUGAAAGUUGUUGGUUUUGUGACAUUAUUUACAGUUGUCUGUGUACGUGUGCAUGUUUGUGCAGAAGCCGUACGCGUGUCAGAUCCCUGGUUGUGUAAAGCGCUACACUGACCCCAGCUCCCUGCGCAAGCACGUCAAAUCCCACUCCUCCAAAGAGAGGCAGUUGAGGAAGAAGGUCAGUAUGGAGCUGCCUGGACUCUACUCUUUACACUUAGGCCUGAUAAUCCGCUCAAUCAACCUCAGGAAUUUACACUUUGCAGUGAAAGGAUCCACUUGACUUUAUCACAGUCUCAAUGGCUCUUUAGAAACACUCUCUCUUUCACAGCCUCUUACUUUUCCCCACUUCUGUUGUAUCGCAAACACAUCCACUUACACAGUACACUAACACAGUAUGCCUCCACGUAUUGUUGUAUAAAUCUUCACUAGUUAGUUGAUUUGCUUUGCUGCGCUGUAAUGUUCAGAACAUAUUAAAGUCCCUGUAGGGGAUAAUUAUGCUCAUUAAAUAAAUCUUACAGUUAAGGUUAUGUCACCAUAGAUACAACAUGCCGCAGGAGGUGGGCUGUUUCUAUAAAAAUAAAAAAUAUGUACGAACGCUCCCACAUUCACAGCUUUUUUCAUUAGCAAGUUAGUGUAUUCUCUACUGCAUUUAUGCUGAUCUCUGUACCUCUGUUUCUCUGUGAUUGGUCUAAAGCUGAGGUUGUCUGUUGACAUGAGCCAAGAGGCAUUAACGGAUUGCCUAACCAUCCAACACCUGAAACCCAGCCUCUCUCCUCUGGACAUGAUUGACAGAAGGUUGGGCCAAUCCCCUAGCCCUUCCCUAGAUCACUACACAGGUACACAUCUUCCAGAUGCUCUGACUGUGCCUUUAUUUAGAGUUAGGUAGGCCUAUUCGGUUAGGUAGGCCUAUUAUGUACGUAUAUUCUUCUUAAUUAGAGUCUCGGUGAUGGGUUUAUGUUGUGUGUAGCCUUGUCCAGUGUAUCCAUAUCUCUAUUUUGUUGUCUGUGUUUUAUAGAAUUGCUGUCCAGUGGCCAGUCUAGCCACUGUGUGUCUCUAUCCAUCCCUGUCCAUUCAGCUGUUCCACAGCGCCAACCCUCCUCAAACAGCUCACACCUGGCUCUGCUGCGCUCCCAGCAGGACAGUUACAGGUACUGCACCCACACAGCAGAACGACUAUUAUUUGUCUUCUAAUCUAUUUGAGUUCACCACAGAAGUUUAUUCAGCUUUGACUAUGAGGCAGUUUAGUGUCAUUGCCGGUUGUUUAUAUGCAGAGGGAACAUUUUCAUUUAUGAUAAACAAUUCAUACAAUGGUGUUUUACCUAUGGUCAAAUUAUGAAAAUUCAUUAGCAGCUGUCACAAUCACUUAGUAUUUGUUGCUGUGGUAGUUAUGUGGAAAUCAUUUUCUAAGACAUUGGUGGUGAGAACAUUUCCAUUUUAAAACUAUGUGUAAACUUCACCACAGUGAUAUGUGCACAGUUAAUGUUAUACUGUAAUUCUGUCUUAAAUGUUAAAACGUGCAGGAGAUAGUCUUGAACUAGAAAAGUGGGUACUAUUUAAACCAUUCAUCAUUCAUAGUGAUAUUUAGUCACAUAUUUUUAUCUCUGUAAUGAAGGCUACUCAUCAUAAAUGCAGUAAUCAAUUUACAAUAAAUGUGUAGGAGUAGUAGUCGAGCAAGGAUUUCUAUCACUGCGUUCAAUGUUCCUUCCUUGAGACUUUGAGAAUACAGUUAUAUUCCCAGAUCUUGUGUAAAGGUUGAAGCAUUUACAAUGAAUGUGUUUCGUAGUUAUGACAAGUGCUGGCUAAUGAAAGUUCUGAAGUCAUUACCUUAAGAGCAGUCUUUCACUCUCUCUCCCCUCCUACUGGGUAAUCAAUUAACAGCGUUCUUGGAAUUCUGCAGGUGAAAUAAUUAUACCUGUAUAUUAUGAAAGACCUUACCUAGUCCUGUUGAAAGCCGCAGCCCCUUCAAGAACCUCUAUUGAUGGCUUUUUGCAGAUAAUUUUCUCAGUGUGUCUAAGACAUUGACGGAGAAAUAUGUGUUCGAAUGGCAUCACUGGAUGCAUAAUGUCUGACUCUGACAAUGUGUCAGACAAUGGUGAAUAGAUGGUUAUAUUUCUCAUCCAUCCUGUUUAACCUCUAUGGGAUCGGUGUCCCGUAAACGGGACGGUUGAGCUAACGUGCGCUAAUGUGAUUAGCAUGACUGUUUUAAGUAACAGCAGAAUUUCCAGGACAUAGACAUGUCUUAUAUGGGCAGAAAGCUUAAAUUCUUGUUAAUCUAACUGCACUGUCCAAUUUACAGUAGCUAUUACAGUGGGAAUAUACCAUGCUAUUGUUGCACAACAACAAAAAAAUGUAUCACAGCAACUGGUUUGAUACAUUCACCUCUGAAGGUAAAUAAUGUACUUACAUUCAGUAAUCUUGCUCUGAUUUGUCAUCCUAAGGGUCCCGUCCCAGAGAUAAAAUGUAGCAUAGUUUUGUUUGAUAAAAUCCAUUUUUAUAUUCAAAUGUAGGAACUUGGUUGUACAGUUUGAACCCCUGCUGUCUCUGGCUCCACACCCAACCCGCCCGGCCAUCUAGAUGUGUGAAAGUUAGUGUAUAAGCUAAUGAUCCAUCAUGUAUGAAAUUCCUGGGAGUGUGUAAACUUACAUUUUGUAUUACUAUAUCAUUUUUGUAUGUUCUCUAUAGUUAUGUACUUGAAAAUGUAGUCCAGUAUUGCAACGCUUCACUGGAUCAAUCUGAAACUUUGCACACACACUGCUGCCAUCUAGUGGCCAAAUUCUAAAUUGCGCCUAAACUGCAAUAUUAUAUUGUGGCCUUUCUCUUGCAUUUCAAAUAUGAUGGAACAAAAAUAUAUAUAGAAAAGGCAUGUUUUUUUGUUUGUAUUAUCUUUUACUAGAUCUAAUGUGUUAUAUUCUCCUACAUUAAUUUCACAUUUCCACAAACUUCAAAGUGUUUCCUUCAAAUGGUAUCAAGAAUAUGCAUAUCCUGAGCUACAGGAAGUUAGAAAUGGGUAUGUCAUUUUAGGCAGAAAUUGAAAAAAAGGGUCCGAUCCUUAAGAAGUUAAAGUGGUUUGGUUUUUGAAAUAUUCACAUCUACUUUCUGGGAAGAGAACCUGCUGCAGGACCAGUUGCAUCUGUUGGUCAAGCGACUUGGUAUUUCUAUUCAUUUUGAGUUCCCAUUGGCACAGUGACUGUAGCCAUGAUUGACUUAAAUGCCUCUCCCAUUUUCUCUCUUUUUUUCUGAUCUGAAACAAAUAAGUACUUAAACGUCGGUUGUCAUGGCUUUAUGGCAAGAAGCUCAUAGUUAGAAUAAUCUGAUUAAAAUAAAGCACAAUUUUCUCCCCUUGUGAAAGACCCCAAUGGGCUUUCUGUGGCCUGCUGCACCUCAGCUGUGAAGAGAGCGGUUGGGAAGAGAUUUUACAGGUUGGGAAUGGCCAGCAACACUGUUGCCUGGUCAGCCCACAAAAAAACAUUCCUUCAUCCAUGCACUUCAAAGGCAGUGAGAAGGAGGGUUUUCUGAAGUUUUGGGCAGCCAGAUGCUCAUGGCUUCUCACUGACACUGAUUGAUUGUCCUGGUAGCAGCAGUAGGCCACAACAUUCACCACAGGAUUCUGGGUACACAAUCAGCCAAUGAAAGCAGGCCUUGCUUUGCCUCAUCAGUCUCUAGGGCCUGCAUUAGUGGAUGCUAUAGCCACCAACUAGAGUGGCUCAGGAAUUCAAUAAGUGAAUCAUAAAAUCCGAAAAAUACCCUUCAGAGGCUCCUGGAAGAGGAUUGCUGUAAUUACUUUUCUAGAUGUUAAAUCGAUUGUAAAAUAUUUUCUUCACUGCCGUUAUGUGAUUUCUUUAUUUCCUCAUUCAGCCUGUGCAUGGUUAUGCCCUUAAUCAAUUGCAUUGUAAACAGCUCAAUUAUUUUAAUUAUUACCCUGGUGCCAGUAAGAAAAAUGAAAAAGGUUUUCAGAUACACCAUAAAAGCAGUCAUCCAACUCAUUGUUUGGCUUUCCUUCUAAGGAUUUUCUUCACAAUAUCCUCUUUCUUACUUUCUGAUGCCUGGUAUGGGAAAAGAAGGUUGCCAUAUUUAAGUAAUCAGGCAUUUUAGUCUGGGCAAACGAACUAAAACAAGUCAUUAAGAUUUCUCUCACGUACCAUCUGCCAAAUAAGAAACGUAUAUCUGUGCUUAGUUAACAUGCGUUAUUUAUAAUCUGAGAGGUGUGCUAUGUUACUUCCUCUCAGUUAUGAAUUAGCGGACUCUUUUAAACAGACUUUUACUUGUCAGAUAUCAGUGUGGUCAGGCCAAAAAGCUGUGAAAUGUUUGUUCCUGGUGAAAUUUGAAGUGAAAUACAUCCAAAACGUUCCUAAUAAUUUGGUCAAUAUAUCCCAACCACAACUCAAAUACUAAUCAUUUCUGUAUUACUUUAAACUGUUGGUCUAACUCUAAGGCUGCAUUUACAUUAGUGCUGAGUGAUUUAGUUCUUUUUGAGGUCGGUUCGGUUUUGGUUAGAUUAUUUUUAAAAAGAUCACGGUUUUCGAUUACGGUUUCGAUUAUUUAACAAAUGCACUAUGCAUUAUUUCAGUUGAAUGCUGUAACAACACAGAAUGAAACAAUUCAUAGAAAUCCCAUGAUGGUAGUGACUGCCCAUUACUGCUUAUCACUUAUUAACCAUAAUUGAUUCACAUUACUUUACUUUAAUAAAAUAUUUUUACAAUAUUUCAGUUGUUGUGUAUAUUACAUUUGUUUUAUUUGAUGACUUUAUUAUUUAAUUCCAAAUCAUCAUCUCAUCUCUAUAGAGCUGCUGCCUAUGCUGUCUGACAAAAUCACUAUUUUAGUAGUUCUUCAAAGUAAAUAAGGCAUACUUUUAUAACUGCUGAAUACCAACUAUCAAUCACUGCUGUCUAUCCAUCUCGAUUGCACAUUCUUCUGUCUCUUCACUCUCUUGCUCCAUGUCUGCCCCACACUUACUUAAUGUAGCAGGCAUAAAAGAAACACACAGACCGGACAAGUAGGCGCGCAAUGGAUUAUGGUCAUUGUAGUUAAAUACCAUGUUUUCUGCACUAAACUAUGUAGAAUAUUGACCUGUUGGAAACGACAACUCCCUACUACAUUGCACAGUUCAGGCUUGAGCUGAUUUAUCUCUAGAGAAACUGUACAAUGUGCUUAUUGAGCUCACAGAAAAAAAACGAAUAAAAUGAAAUUCAAAUAAUUGAACCGAAGUCAGUCAAUUAGUUAUUUAAAAAACGAAAAAUAACUGACAUUUCGGUUAAUCACUCAGCAAUAGUUUACACAGGCAGCCCAAUUUUGAUAUUUUUUCACAAAUUGGCCUUUUGUCCAAUCAGAUCAGCUCUUUUAUCAAUAAUUGGGAAAAAUAUAAGAAUCAGUUCAGAAAGUCAACACCAAACCCCUUUAAGUGUCAUAACCCCUUAUGCUUAUUUGUGUACUUUUCACCACGCUUUUCACCCCCUCUAGUUCUGUAGCCUACUAGAAACAAUGUAUUUUAAGGUUUAUAAUACUACCAAAGUUGUCUUUGAACUCAAAAAAAUUUGCCCAAUAUACCCGUUACCAAUUAUCACUCAUUUUGAUAAAUAGCGCUCAUGCGCAUUUCGUCACUUCGCAAUAUAAACUUUCUCAGUUUGAAAAAACAUCAUUUUCUAUAUCAUUCGUGUUUAUGAAUUUACCAUGUAAAAUUUGACUGUAUUAUUUCAUUUGUUCUAAGUUAGCUCACAGAUUUGAGGGUUUGUUAAGAAGAGAAAGAGAGGAGAUAUUGCGUAUUUCUCCAUUCUCCUUACAAGCAGGCACAUGCACAGAUAGGGCUCUAGCUGUGCAGAGCACAUGCCCCUUUUCCCUUCCAGGCUCCAAAGUGCCCUUUUGAGUGGUGGUAUAAUUUCCAUGAGGCUGAGAGAAAAAUGUGCAGUUUUACAGCAAAUGUCCUGUCACUCUAAACUAUUUUGACAUGAAUUAUGACGUGUUCAUAUCCUAUCUGGGGAGGGGGCUAUGUCAUAAGCCCUCAAAGUUCCAGAAUGGGGUGAAAAUGGCAGCCAUAUUGGUCAGGGAUAAAUCCAAACCAGUCUAAUUGGAAUUAAUGUCAGUAGAGGCAUAAUCCUGAUUUUACUUAUGCAGGAAAAUAAAACAAAACCAUGUGAUAUAUCAGAAAUUGUGUAAUAUAUUUAUUGUCAACCUAAAAUAUUGUCAUAUCAUCAUAAAUACAGUUUAUACGGGUUUUAUACCAAUUUUCUGUAUACAUAGCCUCUAAAAUUGUGACUAGGUGUGAAUGAAGGAGUCAAGCGCAGGAGGUAAAAUACCGAAGUCCAGAGUUUAUUCCAUUUACAUAAAUCAAACGCCCAAAGCGUCAAACGAAACUAUUACAAGGGAAAACAUCCACCUUGGCAUAAACACAGUGAAUAGUAGCUCAACCGAGCUACACGCUCUCACAACAAACAAUCACUCACAAAGACAAGGGGAACAGAGGGAACACUUAUACACAUACUAAUUAGGGGAAUGAGCACCAGGUGUGUGUGAUUGACAAGACAUGACAAGUGGAGUGAUGAGAAUGGGAUCGGCAGUAGCUAGUACUUCCGGUGACGACGAACGCCGAAGCCUGCCCGAACCAGGAGGGGGGGCAGCCUCGGCGGAAGUCGUGACAAAAAUAAAUGUAAACAGACCAUAAAUGUCUAAAAAAAUAUAUAUUGGAAAGCUGAGAGUGCUAUUAUAUAAUAUCAGUACUUGUUAGAUUUACAACUUGUCUAAAUCCUAUCAUCUACUGAUUUCAGCCAGUGUAUGGCUGUGGAUUGACUGCAUUGUUUGAAUGGAAUGUUGGCAUAUUGGCAGUUAAUUUGAAAAUAAUUAUGGAAUCAGUCCUCUAAAACUGUCUGGCUAGCUAGCUAACAAACAGUGCAGAUAAAUUCUUCAAAUUCAUUAUUUUACACAAUAUCUUAUCACAGCACUGGCAAACCAUGGUUGACCAACUCCCUGACCUUUAUCCCAUCAUAAGAAGGUUCAUGUCCAUUCUAGUAUUCUAAUUCCUAAUUCUAUUGGGCCAACCUCCAGGGGGCCCCCAACCCCAAGAAAUCUAUAUAUAUAUAUAUAUAUAUAUAUACACUGCUCAAAAAAAUAAAGGGAACACUUAAACAACACAAUGUAACGCCAAGUCAAUCACACUUCUGUGAAAUCAAACUGUCCACUUAGGAAGCAACACUGAUUGACAAUAAAUGUCACAUGCUGUUGUGCAAAUGGAAUAGACAACAGGUGGAAAUUAUAGGCAAUUAGCAAGACACCCCAAUAAAGGAAUGGUUCUGCAGGUGGUGACCACAGACCACUUCUCAGUUCCUAUGCUUCCUGGCUGAUGUUUUGGUCACUUUUGAAUGCUGGCGGUGCUUUCACUCUAGUGGUAGCAUGAGACGGAGUCUACAACCCACACAAGUGGCUCAGGUAGUGCAGCUCAUCCAGGAUGGCACAUCAAUGUGAGCUGUGGCAAGAAGGUUUGCUGUGUCUGUCAGCGUAGUGUCCAGAGCAUGGAGGCGCUACCAGGAGACAGGCUAGUACAUCAGGAGAUGUGGAGGAGGCCGUAGGAGGGCAACAACCCAGCAGCAGGACCGCUACCUCCGCCUUUGUGCAAGGAGGAGCAGGAGGAGCACUGCCAGAGCCCUGCAAAAUGACCUCCAGCAGGCCACAAAUGUGCAUGUGUCUGCUCAAACAGUCAGAAACAGACUCCAUGAGGGUGGUAUGAGGGCCCGACGUCCACAGGUGGAGGUUGUGCUUACAGCCCAACACCGUGCAGGACGUUUGGCAUUUGCCAGAGAACACCAAGAUUGGCAAAUUCGCCACUGGCGCCCUGUGCUCUUCACAGAUGAAAGCAGGUUCACACUGAGCACAUGUGACAGACGUGACAGAGUCUGGAGACGCCGUGGAGAACGUUCUGCUGCCUGCAACAUCCUCCAGCAUGACCGGUUUGGCGGUGGGUCAGUCAUGGUGUGGGGUGGCAUUUCUUUGGGGGGGCCGCACAGCCCUCCAUGUGCUCGCCAGAGGUAGCCUGACUGCCAUUAGGUACUGAGAUGAUAUCCUCAGACCCCUUGUGAGACCAUAUGCUGGUGCGGUUGGCCCUGGGUUCCUCCUAAUGCAAGACAAUGCUAGACCUCAUGUGGCUGGAGUGUGUCAGCAGUUCCUGCAAGAGGAAGGCAUUGAAGCUAUGGACUGGCCCGCCCGUUCCCCAGACCUGAAUCCAAUUGAGCACAUCUGGGACAUCAUGUCUCGCUCCAUCCACCAACGCCACGUUGCACCAUAGACUGUCCAGGAGUUGGCGGAUGCUUUAGUCCAGGUCUGGGAGGAGAUCCCUCAGGAGACCAUCCGCCACCUCAUCAGGAGCAUGCCCAGGCGUUGUAGGGAGGUCAUACAGGCACGUGGAGGCCACACACACUACUGAGCCUCAUUUUGACUUGUUUUAAGGACAUUACAUCAAAGUUGGAUCAGCCUGUAGUGUGGUUUUCCACUUAAAUUUUGAGGGUGACUCCAAAUCCAGACCUCCAUGGGUUGAUACAUUUGAUUUCCAUUGAUAAUUUUUGUGUGAUUUUGUUGUCAGCACAUUCAACUAUGUAAAGAAAAAAGUAUUUAAUAAGAUUAUUUCAUUCAUUCAGAUCUAGGAUGUGUUGUUUAAGUGUUCCCUUUAUUUUUAUGAGCAGUGUAUAUACAUUUUGGGGGUUGGGCACCCCCAAAGCCUGUGGGCCCCCCCGCCUUGCAUGGGCUGUGGGGGUUUGUGGUACGCCAGUGACCCCCACCCAGUCAGUUGGUUGUGCCUGUUGACCUGCCCUGUACGGAGCUUGCGUGUGCCCGGUUGCGCCUUUUUCCUAGUCUGCCCUGUACAGAGAUUGGUGCUUGCGUGUAUGCCCGGUUGCGCCUUUUUCCCAGUCUGCCCUGUACAGAGAUUGCGCACACCCGGUAUCCAAACACACAUGGCUUGAGAGAUGCGGUCGCCGAUCAAAUGUGUAGUGUGUAGCUAGCUACUUAGUUAAAAUAUCAACAGUACUGCCACAGCAGCAUAACAUUUGACUAACACUUGAUAACACUUGAUUUAGCCUACAUCAUCAUCAAUAUUCGGUCUGGUUGGCUGAUACAUGCAGCAGAGAGAGACAGAAAGACAGAAAGGUAAAUCACAAUCAGUAAAAGAAAUCGAGCUAGCUAACUAGCAGAUUUACAUGAAUCAUCAACAUCAAUGAUCAGCUGAUAGCCCACCGUCUUUUCCCAAUGUCAAUCAUGUCUUUAGGAGGCACUGUAAAUAGCUUGCUUAAAAUUUGUGAUGAUGAGUGAGUGUGUUGUUGCAUAAAUAAAUAGGCCUACUGCAUGGGCAGUGACACAGUAUCAUUAUGUUUUGCAGCAGGUGUGCAGAUGAAAUUAUAUGUCUCCAUCUGUAUCUUGAACAACCUGAUAUGUUUGCCAAUAGGUCCCCCCACCACCUCAGCCCCAGGUCAUACCAAAACCAACUGACUGGUCCCUCCACUCCUCAUACUCACCAUCCCACUGGCUUAUCCCUAAAGACCAGCACACCUCUGAGUCAUCCCAGUCACACUCCUGUAGUAAACGCAGACCACCACCCAGGUAAAUGACACCUACUAACUACAGGUACAUCAAAUAUGUUUCACUGCAUUCAUCUAUUAGGUGCUAAUGUACUAAAUUGAAGAUAUCCUUCCCUGGAAUGUCAAAAGUGACAGCAGAUCAGGUUGGUAAUGCAUCACAGAGAUCUGCAUAGAAUUACACCUGCGCCUACAGGAUGGCAUAGCUUUUUGACUGUGGAAAUGUGCCUGUGGAAAGAAAACAAUGGUACAAUUCCUCAGGGAAAUUCCUACUCUGAAAUGAGAGACUGUUCGUUUUAUUGGGAGAAAGUCUAUCAAAUAAUUGUGUGGGUGGUUUGACAUUCUGUUAUGACAGAUACUCUCAGAUAUAGGAUGAUCAUGGCUUAAUGCUAUCUGUUGUGCAGCAGGUGGCUGAUGUUUUUCUAUGUAGGAAAGAAGAAGCAGCUUUACUCUCUGGAUCAUAGCUGAAAAUAGAUAGCACAUUUUCCCCACUGGACUUGCCAGCAGCACUUGAUGUUGACAAGGUGUUCAUGCUGUGCACCGUUUCUGUUGUUUUGAUAAGAACAAUGCUUCAAACUACUCAAAGCACAGUUCUGUAGUAUCAGAUAUAGAGUAAUAGUGCUUCAAUAAGGUACCAUGGUGGUUGUAAUGGUUUUACUUUUAUCUAUACCAUAUUUAUUUGUCUAUAUGAAUAUCAAGAUAUGAAGCCAAUGUGCUUGUGGAAGAAGUAACAAUGAAUAAAGUUGAAAAGAGCGAAACACCAGAGAAGGAAAACAGAUUCUUCAGUCUCCCCCUUCAUCUAUUCGUAAAAUGUAAAUAACUAGAGGUACCUGUUAUUUUCCUCCUCAGGUUUUAGUGGUCAGAUCCAAAUGGUGUACUCUCCAUCAUACAACAAUGAUACACACAAAUCCACCAAGCAGACCAACUCCUGUCACCUGAUGCAAACCCCAGUGUUUGAUGACAGCCUUGCUCCAACAUUUACCACUCAGAAUGGACUAGACAUCUCCCAAAGAGCUCUGUCGUCUGGGCUCACAGGUAAUAAAGAGACAAAGUACAAUUACAGUAUAGUACGGAUAAACAUGCAGUCAUUUGCAUCUAUCGUAUAACAAGGACUCUCUGUGUGUGUUGCAUCCACAGUAAAUGACCUGCAGGGUGCGUCACAGGAUCUGCCAGUGCCAGUGAUGUCAGAGGACGCUUAUCUACAUGUCAGUGCGGUGGACCAUUGCUCUAGCCAGCUCUCCUGUAUUUACACUGAGGGUUGACGUCAGCAAAUAUAUCCACUUCCUAAGGCAGAUGAUUUCAAUAAUACUCCUACAACAAGCAUAUUGUUCUUCAGCUCCAUGCUCACUGAAAUUGACCUGAGUGUGAUGCCCCUAUUGGGUGAGAACUGUAGACAAGAGGGGACAUACAGUAGUUUUAAUGAAUUCAAUGGGCAAAAUGAACAUAUCCACAUCACUUAUUAACUGACAUUGUUUUCAUAAUGGCAAGGCAUACAGUCAUAUGUAUCAUAAAAACUAUUCUGAGAUCCUUACUUUUGGAGUCUGCAAGAUGCUGUCUUCAUUCAAGUGAGUAUCAUCCACAGGAGGCUGCUGAGGGGA